AUGACAGAAUCAUAUUCAUCUUCAGAAGAAGAAGAAGGUGAAAUCAUUCCAGAAAUAGUAACUAACUACCACUUCGUCAACUCACAAAACAAACUCAUUUCAAUUUCCGAUUUACCGUUAUACGAUCACAACGACAAUGUGAUCGCCGCCGCCGGAGAUGAUUCUCCGGUGGCGUUUUUGCUCGGAAACACUGACGGCGGUUUACAGUCGUUUUAUAAGGAAGUUAUAGGAUGGAAAUAUGAACUUUCCUUUGUUUCUCCUCAAUUUUAUGCACUCUUAAAGAAAAAAGUUUGGAUUCAAAUUGAUAAACCGAGAAAAAGUUAUGAAUUUAUUGUUACAAGUGUUUUCGUUGUGAUCCGGUUUCUUCAUUAUGUGAAACGGAAUGUUGAGGCUACUUUUGAUGAGGUUUUUAGCCAUUUGUUGAAGGUUUUUAGCUCAUCUGACUUGGUUGUCCCUCUCGAGAAAUAUUUAUCUUCUCAAUCGCAGUUAGUUCGAAGUGCGGUAGCUAAUGAUAAGGAUUUGGCUAAAUCUAAGUAUCUUGAAACUUUUCUUAUGGAGAUUGAUAAUCCUGGGAGAAGAGAAACUCUGCAUGAGCAUGAGCAAAUGACAAACAAGUCCCAGUUCAUAAUUUCUGAUGACGAUGUAGACAUUGAUGAGGAUGAUGAGGAACCUGAAGCACUCUUCGAUUCUGUUUGUGCAUUCUGUGACAAUGGUGGUGAAGUUCUCGUUUGUGAAGGACAAUGUAUGCGAUCUUUCCAUCCAACCAUAGAUGCAGGAGUUGAGACCCUUUGCGAGUCUCUCGGCUUUAAAAAUUCAGCUCAGUAUGAGGCAAUUCCGGUUUUUCUUUGCAAGAACUGUAAACACCACAUACAUCAGUGCUUUGUUUGUGGAAUGUUGGGAUCCUCUGACAAGUCUUCUACUGCUGUUGAGGUCUUUCCUUGUGUUUCUGCAACUUGUGGACAUUUUUAUCAUCCAGAAUGUGUUGCAAAGUUGCUCUAUCCAUCUGAUGAAACAAAGGCCGAGAAUGUUAAAAGUCAAAUAGCCGCAGGAGAAUCAUUCACUUGUCCUAUCCAUAAAUGUCAUCGCUGUGGCGGAGGAGAAGAUAAGGAUGACCAUAAUUUGCAGUUUGCAGUGUGUAGGCGCUGCCCAAAGGCGUAUCACCGGCAAUGCUUGCCUAAGUCGAUUGCUUUUAAUGGUAGUGAUGAUGGAACUAUCCAGCAAAGAGCAUGGGAUGAUCUCUUGCCAAAGCGCAUCUUGAUAUAUUGCAUGAAGCACGCUAUAAUUCCAAGUAUCUGGACUCCAAAGCGGGAUCAUGUUGUAUUUCCAUGUAUUCGGAAAAAGAAUCAAGGAACUACAAUUGACAUAAUGUCAGAAAGAAGGAGCAACGCUUUAGGUAUUCUUAAAGAAAGUGACAUAAUUGUAAAGAUGCCAAAAGUGGUUGAGAGACAGUAUAACACAGAUAUCUGUGCUAAUACUUCACUGGAGAAAGCCAAGCCCCCCGUUGUGCACCCAAAGGGAUCUUCCCUUGAGGACAGAAGGUCCAUUUCCAGAAAUUUGGAGCAGCCUUCGAAGCCUAUGAAGAAGAUAGCAGUGAGCAUGCCUCCUAAAGACAGCAGGUCCAUUUCCAGAAAUUUGGGGCAGCCUUCGAAGCCUGUGAAGAAGAUAGCAGUGAGCACGCCUCCCAAAGUAGAUGCUGACAUGAAAACAAGGAUUUUGAGAUUAGUGAAAGAUUCUACAUCUUCAUUUGAUUCUGAAAAAUUUAUCAAGGAGAAGAAAAGGAAAUGUAAUAGUGAGAUAUACAGCUCGCAGACGGGAUUGGACAAGACCAUUACCAUGGGAAAGGUGGAGGCUUCUGUAAAGGCAGUACGAGCAGCUCUAAGAAUAUUGGAGGAUGGAGGUAGUGUCGAGGAUGCAAAAGCUGUCUGUGAACCAAAUGUUCUAAAUCAGCUCAUAAGAUGGAAGAACAAGCUACGUGUAUUUCUUGCCCCUUUUCUCCAUGGAUCACGUUACACGUCAUUUGGACGCCAUUUUACAAAGGUUGACAAGCUUAGAGAGAUUGUUGAUAGACUCCAUUGGUAUGUGGAAGAUGGUGAUACGAUAGUGGACUUCUGCUGUGGUUCGAACGAUUUUAGUUGCUUCAUGAAGGAAAAGCUCGACAGCAUGGGUAAAAGGUGCAGAUUCAAGAACUAUGAUCUAAUCACACCAAAGAACACACUUGGCUUUAAAAAGCAAGAUUGGUUUAGCGUUCCAGUAGAAGCACUACCUGAUGGCUCACGGUUGGUCAUGGGAUUAAAUCCUCCCUUUGGAGUCCGAGCAUCUCUAGCAAACAAAUUUAUCAAUCAUGCGCUGAAGUUCCAACCCAAGCUCAUUAUCCUUAUUGUGCCUAAAGAAACUAAAAGGCUUGACAGGAAAAGGUAUCCGUAUGAUUUAAUCUGGGAGGAAGAGAACAUGCUCUCCGGCAAGUCAUUUUAUCUACCUGGAUCGGUUGAUAGUAACGAUCAGCCAUUGGAUGAUUGGAAUGUCACCCCGCCACCACUGUCACUCUGGAGUCAUCCUGACUGGACUACCAAGCACAGAGCAGUUGCUGAAAAGCAUAGCCAUGUAGAGCAAAAGCUACAUGAAGUAUCUGAAAGAGUGGUUUCCAAUUAUCUCAUGGAAGAAGACCAUGACUGUUUCGGUGAUUUCUCCAGUAUAAUGUCUGGUCAGGAUAUGUCCACCAUCUUGGAUGAUGUUCCAGAAGAACCUGAUGAUAGUGAACCUAAAGCAGUCGAUCCCUCCACCAUUAACCCUCAGGACACAAAUGUGACCCCAGACACUUCCACUGGCAUGGUAGACAUGGAUCUAUCGAGUCCAGUAAUUUCCUCAACAAACUCCAGGGCAAAACCAAUUAUCCCCAACCCUCGUUUUUUCCAGCCGACUCAUUCUGAACAAUAUCUAAAUUAUGGUCCGCAACCACUAUCACCACCACCGCAACUGUAUGAACAUAGCAGUGUUUCAUGUGGACCAGCCAUGGAAUAUAGGUACACUUUUUCUGGUCAGACUCAGGCCUCUCUUCCAUGCUAUUAUGAGGGUGCUAACAUUUAUCCUGGAGCUACCAACAUAUAUGAUCAAGGUGAUCUCAGAAUGACCUCCAUGCAUCUUCCCUAUGCUGACUAUGGCCACUCUUGGCCAUCAGGUUUUGGAAUACCGGACCAUGAUUAUACGAGUGAGCCAGAUAUUUGGCCACCAGGUACAAGCCCAUCUGAUCAUAGGUACUAUUAGACUAGUUUUAUAAUAAAGAACCA